UUUUUGACAGUUUCUACUGACAGUGGCGUUUUGAUGGUUUCGUGGCUAUGCAAAAUAAAAUAGUUUUGGAGAUUUAUAUUUUUAGCAAAUUGUGAAAAUUUAUGAUAUUACGUUUAUAGAAAAGGUGAAACCAGGAAAAUGGGGGUGGCCAUCAGCAGAUACUCUGAUCUCUCGUCCAACGAGCUGCUCACAAGGUUCUGCUCGAACGAAGUGAUAUGCGCCAACGAUCCCUUUUGGAACCAGCUCCUGGCAUUCAACAUCAACCCGCCUGCCACAGCCAAAGAGCAACUGGUGUUUGACUCCAGCACGGAAGUGUUACUGCAAACAUUUCUUCAGAACAAUCCGCAAACUGGAAAUUUUGGUUCCUUAGUUCAAGUCUUCAUUACUCGCGCCACGGAGCUGCUGGCUUCUCCUAAUAGUGACAAUGUGAUGUUAGCGUGGCAAACAUUCAACGCUCUAUUUGUCAUCCGCGCUGUGAGCAAGUACUUGGUGGAGAUAGUGCCUGAGUGUGAGCUGAGCAGACACUUGGAUGUCCAGGCUGAGAGGCGACCACUGCUUAGGGAUGAGGCAAGUUCUGAUCAGGCUGUGGUCCCACAAGUAAAUGACUCGCCAAAGACGAAUGGAAGUGAGAGUAAAGUGGAAAUCCUGAUCGAUGCGCUUAUAGGACUAAUCAUUGAUAUACCUGUUACAGACAACACGUACUACCUACAUCUGGAAUGUAUAAACACAUUGUUAGUUCUCAUGUCCGUAUACAUGUUCGCGAGCGCGCACGGACAAACACGAUUGGUCGAAACAUCACUAAUAUACAGGACGUUAUACCAAGGUCGUUACGGUAUGCACGCGCCGCUGUUAGUGAAAACUCUAUUGCUGAACUUGUGCAGCAUGGCGGCCGCGCCGCCCAGCAUGUUCGGCGCGGCGGGCGCGGCCGGCAGCGUGAUUAUCAACAUCGCUGCUGGUCUAUGGAAUAUGCUGUCUUUCAACACAGCGCCGCCGACGAUCCUCACAGAACCACCUACAGACAGACAUGUGUUGCUGGACCGGCUGAGGACGCAGCACCCCGCGGCCAACCAGGCUUGUCUGCUGCUUUUGGCCCUCGCCAACCACUGCAUCAACCAGGACAAUCUGUACAGGAACGCGUUGUUGUGCUGCGAGGAUACCGCUGAAACAUCGACGACGUCACUUCAGCGGGAAUCGAACUCCAGUACCCAGGUCACCCCACCGAGAAUUGACAUGGAUUCUCUACAUAAAGCGCUAUGUGCAACCGCUGGAUGUGAACAUUCGACAUUGUUAUUAUACUUGAUGCUGCACUCGUGUAAGGCUUAUAAAAAGCACGUCAGUUGCGAUCCACAUAUAGAGAAUUUGAUUUUACCGAUCCUGCAAGUUCUGUACAACGCUCCGGACAGCAAUUCCCAUCACAUAUAUAUGUCUCUCAUAGUGCUCCUCAUAUUGACGGAAGAUGACGCGCUUAUAAAAAAUGUUCAUUUGAUUAUGAUAAAAAAUCCUAUGUGGUACACGGAGCGGGCGAUCUCGGAGAUAUCUGUCGGCGGUCUGAUGGUGUUAGUGUUGGUGAGGGCGCUGCAACACAACAUGGCGCGCGUGCGCGACAAAUAUCUGCACACCAACUGUCUGGCGGCCAUUGCCAACAUGAGCUGUGAAUUCAGAAAUUUGCAUCCAUACGUCGCUCAGAGGCUAGUGUCAUUAUUCGAGACAUUGAGCAAGCGGAGAGCCAGAUUAUUUGCUGAAGUAGAAGAAUUAGACAACAAUGCAGAUUUACCACAUAGUACUUUAGAGAAGACGGAAGAAAUGAUGGACCACGUACUAGUUCUAGAUGAAGUCCUCCGCAUGCUCCUCGAGAUAAUCAACUCGUGCCUGUCGCAUCAGCUCGUGAACAACCUCAACAUGGUGUACGCUCUGCUUCAUAAGCGGGAGUUGUUCAGCAAGCAACAGCAUCACAUCACGCAAAAUAUUGAAAUGGUGAUAGGCUACUUUUCCACUCGACUGCAGAGGGUGCAAGAGGGUGCCGGAGACCUGGGUGUGCAUGAGGUGCUGGCUUGCAUCAAGAAGGGUGCGGAACAGUGGUCUAGCGAUAGACUCAAGAAAUUCCCCGAUCUAAAAUUCCGCUACGUCGAAGAGGAGAAGCCUGAAGAAUUCUUCACACCGUACGUCUGGUCUCUGAUAAGCACAUGCGGUAGUAUAUUCUGGUCGAGCGAGCGCGCCAACUUGUUGGAGUGCUGAUCCAACAUGUUGGCCCGACGCUGACCCACCAACCUUGAUAUGGACGAUUUUUAUACAAGAUUUUGUUUCGGAUUGAUGUUCGGUGAUGUUAACUUCGGUGUGGCCGUCUGAUGUUGGCCCAAACGUUUUGUGUUGGUGACAAAUGUUGGAGCCAAAUACAGGGUUGCAGCGGCAGGUAAAUAUAAAUUCCAUUGUUAUUAUAUGCCGCAGAUAUCUCGUCUUUGUCCCAUACGAAAUAGAGCCUAGAGUUGCUUAAUUCGAAGGCCAUGUUUAGCUGUAUGUAUGUAGAUUGUAGAAUAUGGGAAUACAAUUUAUAAAACACUUUUCACUUGAAAUUUUUGUCGCAAGCUUUUUAUUCUCGUCAGUAAGAUAUUAUUGCAUUCAACGCGUGACAAUAUCAUGUCUGUGCUGUAAACCGUUGAGUUCACUCGUCGGGAGCCGAUACUGGGUUUACAGGUUAUGAUUAUCAUAAUGGUGUUUAUACUCACAUCCUGUAUGUUGGUUCCAUUUAAAAUUCGUUUUUUUUUUCUUACAAGUCUUAUGUAAAUAAUCUUAACAUGUUUUUUUUUUUAUGUUACAGCAAUGUAAAUUAAAAAUAUACUUUUUAGGAAAUCACUUUCGUAUAGUUAUUUUUUAAUUUUUUUUUCUGUGUAAAAUGUUCGACAAGUACUGUGAAGAUUGUUUACAUGUUAAGACUCGUGAAAAAAACGGACUAUAUUUGUAUAUUCCAUUUUUUCUUUAUUGGAACCAAAUUUGGUUAAAUUUAAUAAAAUGUUGGUUACAUUUAAUAAUAGGUUAUAAUGAUGGGACGAUUUUUAUACGAAAUUUAGAUUUUUUUUGGUAUUAAUAAAAUUAGUUAGGCUAGCACGAAUAUUAGCUAGAUCGACGCCAAAAUUUAUAUGAAAAGCUCCAGUUCCUAUUAUAGAGGCGCUGCUCAUUUUCCAUAAAAAAAAUGUCGACAAAUACGGAUACGUUCACGCAAAAACUCAUGCUAGCCCCACAAUUAUUCAUUUACCCUUUGAUUCAUAAAAAAGUUAAUUCUUCUUUAAAUUUGACAUUGACAGAACAUACUUAUGUUUUUUUUUCUCUCUCUUUCAAAUGUCAAUUUUAAGGUGCGAGACCAAAUAUACUCGAGCGGUAAAUGAUUCUUUAACUUGUUUUAUGAAUAAGAGGUUAGUUUUUCAAAUCACAAAAACUGAAAAUAACCCACCAAUAAUAUUCUACGCUAGUAUGUAAAAAAUAUGUAAUGCAAUAGAUUCCUUUGUUUGAGCAAAUUAUGAACCGAGAGGUCCCAGGUUCGAUCCCCGAUCGGGUCAUUAUGGAAAAUGAUCUUUUUCUGAUUGGCCCGGGUCUUGGAUAUUUAUCUAUAUAUGUAUUUGGUAUAAAAUAUAGUAUCGUUGAGUUAGUAUCCCAUCACACAAGUCUCCAACUUUGGGGCUAGCUGAAUCUGUGUGAUUUGUCCUAAUAUAUUUAUUUAUUUAAACCUUCGCUGACGACAGCCAUUUUGGUUCAACGUAUGUGCCGAAGAUUGUACAUACAUUGCAAGUUAUAAAAGCUUGUAAAAAGACAUGUCCAGUGACCUACACAAGCGGGUUAUAUCAUAUUGUUUGGCUGUUUACGUUGGUGUGUUGGAAUAUAUCGUGUGAGCAACUCACGCGUUCAUCUUGUAUCAUAAUAUUAAUUUAUUACGCAUGUGAAGUCGAGGAUAUAGUUAAGUAAUAUAUUAUGUACUCAAAAUGUACAAUUUAUUUUAUAAACGAACUUAGGGUUAUGUAAAUCUGUAAGUGGUUACAAAACGCAAUAUACCUAAAUAGAAAUAAAAUUAUUUAAAAUAUA